CGUGCAGCCGCAAUGCCGUUCCCCCGCAACGCUGCGCGCUCCGCGGGGUCCGCCCGCCAUCCCGCUCCGCCGCCGCCUCCCUCUCCCGCGGAGGCCCACGGCGCCGGGCCGGUGGCGGAGGGGCUGCGCCGCACCGCAUGGCAGCAAUGCCCUCCGAGGCCGUCCUGCAGCCGUCCCCCAACAAGAGGCAGAAGGGCUCGGUACCCGAGGAGCCCACGGCGCGGCUCCGCUUCACGAAGCUGUCCGAGAACGCCUCCACCCCCUCCAGGGGCUCUGCCCGAGCCGCGGGCUACGACCUGUACAGUGCCUAUGACUGUGUGAUACCACCCAUGGAAAAGGCUGUAGUGAAAACAGACAUUCAAAUUGCACUUCCUUCUGGAUGCUAUGGCCGAGUAGCACCGCGUUCUGGUUUAGCUGCAAAGCACUUCAUAGAUGUUGGUGCUGGUGUUAUUGAUGAGGAUUACAGGGGAAACGUUGGUGUGGUACUCUUCAACUUCGGCAAGGAAACUUUUGAAGUUAAAAAAGGGGAUAGGAUUGCCCAGCUCAUCUGUGAACGUAUUUUCUAUCCUGAGCUAGAAGAAGUUCAAACACUAGAUGAUACAGAACGUGGAGAAGGUGGCUUUGGUUCUACUGGAAAUAACUGAAAAUUAUUUGAAUAUGCUUUCUAUAUUUUUUGUUAUGCUGUUUCUAAAUCUUCCUUUGAAUUAGAAGUGGGAUUUUGGAGUACAUAAAAAAAUUUUCAAGAUUUUUUCAGACUUCUCUGUAUCUGUCCUCCUGUAUUUUUACAGGCAGUGAAUUCAUCUGCAUUAUGGGGAAAUGUACGUGACCGACUUGAUUAAUUAGUUGAUGGAUUGUUUUUUCUUUUUAGGUGUUUGGUCCUCAGUAAUAAAGAACUCAUUGUUUAUGUGCUGUUAUACUGUAAUAAAUUAUAAAGUAACUUAA